AUGGAAUGCAGUAAACUUUUCGUCCUUACCACCCUCCUUGUGUUUUGCCCAGUGUUCACAGCAUCAGCAUGGUCAGUCAACAACUUUCUGAUGACAGGACCAAAGGCCUACCUGACAUACUCUACCAGCGUUGCGGUUGGGGCUCAGAGCGGCAUUGAGGAAUGUAAGUUUCAGUUUGCCUGGGAACGGUGGAAUUGUCCUGAGAGCACUCUUCAACUAGCAACCCACAACGGGCUCAGAAGUGCAACGAGAGAAACUUCUUUUGUACAUGCGAUCAGCUCAGCCGGAGUCAUGUACACAUUGACCAGAAACUGCAGUAUGGGAGAUUUCGAUAAUUGUGGAUGUGAUGAUUCUAGAAAUGGACGUAGUGGUGGAAGAGGUUGGGUAUGGGGUGGAUGCAGUGAUAAUGUUGAAUUUGGAGAGAGGAUUUCAAAACUUUUUGUCGAUGGCCUGGAGACAGGACAAGAUGCUCGAGCCUUAAUGAACUUGCAUAACAAUGAAGCAGGAAGACUUGCAGUGAAAGCAACUAUGAAGAGAACAUGCAAGUGUCACGGAGUAUCGGGAAGCUGCAGCGUGCAGACCUGUUGGCUACAACUGGCAGAAUUUCGGGAUAUCGGCAACCAUUUAAAGGUCAAGCACGACCAGGCUUUAAAACUUGAGAUGGACAAGAGAAAGAUCAGGUCGGGCAACAGCGCAGAUAAUCGAGGAGCCAUAGCCGACGCUUUUGGAUCUGUGGGCAAAUCUGAGCUCAUCUUUCUGGAAGACUCCCCCGAUUAUUGCUUAAAGAACGCCAGCCUGGGCCUCCAAGGUACAGAAGGGCGGGAGUGUCUCCAAAGCGGGAAGAACCUGACCCAGUGGGAAAGGAGAAGCUGCAGAAGGCUGUGUACCGAUUGUGGUCUUAAAGUAGAAGAGAAAAAGAUCGAAAUUAUUAGCAGCUGCAACUGCAAGUUCCAUUGGUGCUGCACGGUGAAAUGCGAACAGUGCAAACAAGUGGUUAUCAAGCAUUACUGCUCCAAGAGGGACAGAAGUUCUGACAACAUGUUCAUCAAGAGGAAGAAUAGGGGACACCAGAGAUAACCUCAGUAGGGGAAACUCUAUGGACCAUGCCAGUAAAUAUCCAAGUUUCGGUUCUUCAAUUUGAACUAUUUUUGUGUUUUCAUAUUUUUAAUUUAUCUUCGUCCUAAAAUGAUAAACUGUAUAUUAUUACGUAGUGAGUGCUUUACAUGUUUGUCGUAAGUAUUGUUUUAACACAAAACAAAUGCACUUUCGAAGUUUUCAUAAAAUACGGAUAAAAAGUAAAUUUUUUGUGUGCUUUUUAUCCUAUUAAUCGUGUCAGUGUCAGUGUUCUGUAAUAUAUAAAGUUGCCGUAGUGGUCUUCGAGACUUGUAUGUCCUGCAUAAAUAUGUUUAUGGUAAUAUGUCUGU